GUGACCCGCCCGGACUCGGAGCCCGGCCGCGCGAGUGGAGGGUUUGCUGGGCGGGCGCGCGCGGGAUCCAGAGCAUGCGGGGCGCGGCGCGGGAGGCCGGGGGGCACGCGGGGCGGCCGUGGCCAGGGCCCCCGUCCCCGCCGCCGCUGCCCCGGCCGCCGCUCCUGCCGCUGGCCCUGCUGCUCGCCGCGCUCCUGGGCGGCGCGGGCGCGCAGUACUCGAGUGAUCUGUGCAGCUGGAAAGGGAGCGGGCUGACCCACGAGGCCCACAGGAAAGAGGUGGAGCAGGUGUACCUGCGCUGCUCCGCGGGUGCUGUGGAGUGGAUGUACCCGACAGGUGCUCUCAGCGUCAACCUGCGACCCAACGUCAUCUCCCCCUCCCGCCCCCUGACCCUGUGCAUCAAGCCCCUUGGGGACUCGUCUGGGGCCAAUAUUUAUUUGGAGAAAACUGGAGCGCUGAAACUGCUGUUCCGGGACGGGGACCACGGGCCCGGCCAGGUGCGCUGCUUCGGCUUCGAGCAGGGCGGCCUGUUCGUGGAGGCGACGCCCCAGCAGGACAUCAGCCGGAGGACCACGGGCUUCCAGUACGAGCUGAGCAGCCGGCACGCCGGCUCGGACCUGCACGCUCUGUCAGCUCCCUGCCGGCCCUGCAGCGACACCGAGGUGCUCCUGGCAGUCUGCACCAGUGACUUCGUGGUCCGAGGAGCCAUCCAGGAUGUCACCCACGCCCCCGAGCGGCAGGAGUCGGCCAUCCACCUGCGCGUGAGCCGCAUCUACCGGCAGAAGAGUAGGGUGUUCCGUGCGGUGCCCGGGGGCGGCUGGCGGGGCCGCAUCUCCACGCUGCUGGCCUGCGGCGUCCGGCCCGGGCGCGGCGAGUUCCUCUUCACGGGACACAUGCACUUCGGGGAGGCCCGGCUGGGCUGCGCCCCACGCCUGGAGGACUUCCAGCGGAUGUACCGGGACGCAGAGGCGAGGGGCCUGAAUCCCUGCGAGAUGGCUGUGGAGUGACCACAGGGUGGCUGCGGGGUGACCGCAGGGUGAACCAAUUAUCGGGGUGGACGCCUGGCGAUCACGUGUGGAGUCUGAUGCACGAGUUCCGGCCAAGGAGACCCCAACCAAUUGGUUGGAAAUGCUGUAAAAUGCAAACUAAGUUAUUAUAUUUUUUUUUAAAAAAAAAGAAAUGUC